AUGGCACGCCUGCUUUGUGGGUCCAGGCGCUUCAGGGCUCACUUUGUAGCGUCCCUGCGACUUGCACUGAGCCUGCGUCUAAAGUUCAUUGUUGGGAUGGUCAUAAACAUAACUCUUGGCCUCGUUUUCCCACUAUUGAUGACUAUCAGUAUAUCUAGCACAGCGCCAAAAGAGAAGCUCUCCUUCGAUGACAUACACCUUGAUUCUCCGUGCCUAAAAGUGGGGACCUGCUAUACAUUUGCGUGGGGCCCGACAGGAAAUAAAGAUGUAGAAGCAUUUAUGUCUGCUGUUUUUGAAGAAGCAAGGACUGCUAUCAGCAGAAACGACGUAAAGGAUAUCGGCUUCCAGACGUUCGAGGAGCUUUAUGGAUUUAUAACCGGAGAAGGGCUGGGCCAUGUUGGUGUCGGUCUUUUUAUAGAGAACUCAACGCGGAAAAUACGCUUAUAUUGCAAUAAUAAGGUCCCUAACGUGCCACUAAUGGCCGAUAUCUCUCUCGACAGCUCUACCUUACUGCAGGUGGUGAGGAUUUUGAACACGGUGCAUUCGGGCAUUUCCGGGUACGACAUACAAUUCUAUAAUACCAUGAGUCUAUUCUUUCAGAGCAUAGGUGCUACGAGCAUUUCUAUAGUAUCAAUGACCUUCAUAGUAUCAGGAAUGUACACCCUUUCAAACAUAGGGAUGAUGAAGGGCAAUCGCCGCUACGAAUACCUUGUAUGCCAUGGGCUGCAUAGACUUGCAUAUCAGAUAGCAAACGCAGUCGUCACGCUGGGUGAAAUUGCCAUCGUGCUUGUAGGCACCAUCCUUAUUUGCUAUUACUUUGGAAUAGGGUCAACCAGCAACCGUUGGCUUACUGUGGUAGUGCUCCUCUUAUCCAUUUUCCCAGUGGCAGCGCAGAAUGUGUCAUGGUCGCUGUUUUGCGCCUCAACAAUCAGCAGACCCAACACAAUGCAGCUUCUCUUUUUCCUUCCAUCCAUGUUGGUCGCCAUAGUCCAAAUGAUAAUUACGUUCACCGUGAAACAGGAGUUGCAAUCUACGAAUAACAGUGGAAUACAGUUUCUAAUGGCCAUCCUGUCUCUUCUAUUCCCGCCGUUUGCCAACAGCUCCUACUUCACAGCUGCAAGCAUGGUGUUUGCACAUGACUCUUUAUACUACUCUACCUUUGGACGAGUAACGUCCAUUACUGACGGUCUCACCAAGUCUACUAAGUAUUACCCCAAUCUUUUGCUCCUAGUAUUGAGUAGUAUUAUUUCUGGUCUUGCAUAUUUUGCACUCGCUGUGUACCAGGAGUACACUAGCCCCGGAAGCGCAGCUCCCAGGAAGCCACGCAGCUUUCCGAUUCAUUGGCUCCAGACAAGAAAGACUAGCACUAAGAAAAAGACAGAGGAUGAUAAGCAGAGUGAGGAACCAUCAUCAAUUAACCUGUCGACCUCUCAGCUAAUUGAGUCACAGAUCCCGUUGCUCAACGGACCCGAUCGUGAAAACGUAUCAGAGUAUGCAAUUUCAUUAAGAGACGUCUCAGUCAUAUUUCCCCUCAAAGGCAGGGCAACAAAAACUGAAAAUCCACCUAUAGGAGAUGUUAUAUCUGCAAAGUACGUAAGCAACGGAUCUCUAUAUACGACUGCCCGCGGAUACAACGUGAGCGCAAAGGAUACAAAGGCACUUUAUCAUCUGACACUUAACCUGCCAUAUAAUAGCGUUAUUGGGUUACUGGGUGCAAACGGAAGCGGGAAGAGCACGUUACUGAAGGUUCUCUUGGGAAUGUAUAAGCCAGUGAGUAGUCGGUACCUACCCAACAAGUACGCUGAGGUGGCCAACGGUAGCGUGUGCCUUCUAGGAACGUACUGUCCUGUCACUGCCGAAGAGGAAUUAUACAGUGGAAGGCAUUUGGCUCUUGUAUUGCAAGAAAACGUGAUGUUCCCAAAGGCCACAGUAGGGGAGCAAAUUAACAUAUUUGCAGCCAUUGUAUUGUACGACUUUCCGCUCGGGGAACGCAGCCAGCUGAUCCUGACCAGUCUUGAGUGCAUGGGGUUGGCUGAUAAGCUGAACCAAAAGGUAGAGACUCUAUCUGGGGGUCAGAAGAGGCGCCUAAAUAUUGCCAUGACCAUACUCCUCUGUGAGGCGGGCCUUGCUGAACUUCUAAUCAUGGACGAGCCUGCAUGCGGUGUGGACAUCGAGUCCCGCACCUUCUUAUGGAAGUAUCUCAAGAGUUUACGGAUUCGAGCGCAGCAGACAGAUAAGCGCUUCUGCGUCCUCCUAACAACGCAUCUCUUUGAAGAAGUGGAAGAGCUCUGCGAAACAGUCGUCAUGCUCAGAGAUGGAAGGCUUUUAGCUGCAGGAAGUCAGCUCUUUUUCAAAACUGAGUUUGCGGGAGGCUAUCAAUUGCUACUAGAUUGUCCUAACUCAAGAAAAAUCCUUUUCGAUGUGCACAGAAAAUUCUUUUAUGCACACCCUAUCUCUAAUGAUGAUUGUGAGGAUGAGCUCUUAAAUGUAGUCACAGUAGAUCCGUACAACCACAAUCUCAGCGCUCUGUUUAUUAGCUACGCUGACCAAGCAAAGCUUCCAGAUGCGCUACAAUAUCUCGCUGAAAGGGGCAUUCCCCAGGAACAAUGUGCUCUGCAUACAGCUUUGCUAUCGGAAAUUUUCAUUCAGCAGCAAGAAAAAGAGAUGCCGGAAGUGCCUGCUGUAGAGCAUGGGUGGUAUUGUGAAAAAUAA